GCUUCCUGCGGGAUGGAGCCGCCGGUGCUGCUGCUGCUGCUCCGGGUGCUGCUGCCGCUGCUGGCGGCGGCGCUGGGCGCGGCGGGGCGCGGCGAGCCCGGGCCCGUCACCUGCGGCUCCGUGGUGAAGCUGCUGAACGUGCGGCACAAUGUGCGGCUGCACUCGCACGAUGUGCGCUACGGCUCCGGCAGCGGGCAGCAGUCGGUGACCGGGGUGUCGGCGGCGGAUGACGGGAACAGCUACUGGCGGGUGCGGGGCCGCACGGCCGCCGUGUGCCAGCGGGGCACGCCGGUGCGCUGCGGACAGACCAUCCGCCUCACGCACCUGGGCACCGGCCGCAACCUGCACAGCCACCGCUUCACAUCGCCGCUCUCCGGCAACCAGGAGGUGAGUGCAUUUGGGGAGGCUGGCGAGGGGGACUACCUGGACGACUGGACAGUGGUGUGCAGCGGGACCUACUGGGUACGGGACGAUGAGGUGCGCUUCCAGCACACCUCCACCGACGUCUUCCUCUCGGUGACCGGGGAGCAGUACGGCCGGCCCAUCCACGGGCAGAAGGAGGUGCAUGGCAUGGCCACCUCCAGCCAGAAUAACUACUGGAAGGUGAUGGAGGGCAUCUUCAUGCAGCCCAGCGAGGCCAUCCAAAUGGAGCAGUACCACGCCGAGUUGUGAGGGACAGACAGACAGACUGAUGCGGAGCUUGUGGGCACUGCCCUGCUGUGUUUGGGACUGCUGAGCCCACAGAAUGGCUCCUGUCCCCACCCUGGGACUGACACACACCACUGACACAGGGCCCCAGCACAUGCAGAUCCCGAUGUCCUGAAUUCAAUGUGGAGCAGAUUCCAUUGUCCCAAAUCUGACACUAAACAGGCCCCAGCAUCCAGACCUAACCCAAAGCAGCUCCCAACAUCCUAAAACCACUGCAAAACAGAUCCCAGUGUCCAGACCUGACCCACAACAGAUUUCAACAUUCUAGAUCAGCACAAAGCAGGUCCAACCAUCUCAAAUUAGCACAAAGCCAAGCCCAACAGACCUGAACCAAAACAAAUUCCCAAGCUCCCACCCUGUCUCUUUGCAACCCACUCUGUCCAAGGACCUGCCCCUUAAAGGACUGCUGUCCCUGGGAGCUGUACCCCUUGCUGUACCCCAAACUACCCCUCAUGCCCUGCAAGGACCUGGGGCCAUAAAAGUGUUGAACUCUG